GACGAGUGUCACGGAGGGGGAGGGGGGCAGUGGGGGGGGCAUACAGCAUCUGCAUAGGGGUGACUCUGUCAGGAAUAAGUUACCCAAUGGAUGGGAAUUUUUGCAUUUACCAGUUGCACGGUGGUUGGGAAUUGGUUUUUCCUCGAAAAUGUCAAUUCCCCGUGGGCCUUCCCGUUUUCCCCACCAUGGGGUAUAGGUACAUAGGAAUACGCGGUCAGCGCGGAGUCUGGUGCUUUCUUCAGGAAAUAGUCAGCGGCUUGCAUCGCGGGCUUUCCAGCGUGGCGCAACAACAUGGCGGCGAAAUAUUGAAUAAUUGUUCUUCUUUCGGGAAGGAAUUGAACGAAGUUCUUCCAUCAAAAGAUCAUGUGAAACCAUAAAGCGAUGGCAAGGAGAAAACUUACGUGAUAAAAUUUGGUGUUAAACUGUGUUGCAUAGCAAUAACCUUCACAUGCAAAAUGCCAUCUUGCGAUUUGGAAGUAUGCGACAUUGAAGAUGCCAUAGGGAAAGAUGACCUGACACCUAAUGAUCGCAUCACUCCGCGAGGUGCUGUCCUUCCUAAGGCAAGAGUUAGAUCUACAAGGAAUGGCGUGAACGAAACUCCAGUAGGUGACAGCAUUAUACCUGGCACACAGAAGAUCUAUGUCAGAACCUGGGGAUGUUCCCAUAAUAACAGUGAUGGUGAAUAUAUGGCAGGGCAAUUAGCAGCCUUUGGUUAUAAAAUUACAGACGACUCAGAAGCAGCUGAUCUGUGGCUUCUUAACAGCUGCACAGUAAAGAACCCUUCGGAAGAUAACUUCAGAAAUGCAAUCAAAAGGGCACAAGAACUGGACAAGUACUUGGUUGUGGCCGGCUGUGUACCCCAAGGACAACCCAGGCACCAGUCAAUCAAGGGGAUCAGUGUGAUAGGGGUGCAGCAAAUUGACAGAGUGGUGGAAGUUGUAGAAGAGACUUUGAAAGGUCACACGGUUCGACUUCUUGGUCAAAAGAAAGUUGCUGGAAAAAAGGCUGGAGGAGCCCCACUUGACCUGCCUAAGAUUCGUAAAAAUCCCCUGAUAGAAAUUAUAGCUAUUAACACUGGCUGUCUAAACCAGUGUACUUACUGUAAGACAAAGCAUGCUCGAGGAGAUCUGGGAAGUUAUCGACCUGAAGAGAUUGUGGCGAGAGCCAAGCAAGCUUUUGAAGAGGGAGUAGUUGAGCUGUGGCUUACAAGUGAAGACACAGGAGCUUAUGGCAGAGACAUUGGCGUGACAUUACCUGAGUUGCUAUGGCAACUUGUGGAGGUGAUUCCUGAUGGAGCUAUGAUGAGGAUUGGAAUGACGAACCCACCAUACAUUCUGGAACACUUGGAGGAAAUGGCAAAAAUACUAAACCAUCCUCGAGUGUACAGUUUUCUACAUGUUCCAGUUCAGAGUGCAUCAGACAGUGUGCUUGCAGACAUGAAAAGAGAAUACUGUGCUGAUGACUUCAGACAUGUUGUGGACUUCUUAAAAGACAAGGUGCCUGGGAUCACCAUAGCAACAGAUGUAAUAUGUGGCUUCCCGACGGAGACAUGGGAAGACUUUGAGGAGACAGUAGCAUUGGUGGAGGAGUAUAAAUUCCCUAGUCUGUUUAUCAACCAGUUCUACCCUCGCCCAGGAACACCUGCAGCAAGAAUGAAGAGACUUCCCACAGAAGAGGUGAAAAAGCGAACAAGGGAGAUUUCUAAAGUGUUUCACAGCUACCAUCCUUAUGAUCACAAGGUUGGUGAACGACAAACAGUUCUGAUAACGGAAGACGCAAAGGACCAGGCUCAUUUCGUGGGCCAUAACAAGUUUUAUGAUCAAGUCCUUAUUCACAAGAGUGAGGGUGACCUCAUGGGUAAGAUGGUGCAGGUAGAAAUAACGUCGGCCGGCGAACACUUCCAAAUGGCGCGCGUCCUGCGUGGUAGCGAGGUUCACUCACCCGGCCUGGUUGAGCCGCUACCAAAAGGUGCGGUCAGUGGCGUUCGUAGUGAGGUCACGCGCGAAAGUAUCGCUCAGAAACAAGAAGGCCCUUGGAAUCAGUGGACCAAAGCCGCAGUGGUCGUUCUAUUGGCAGUUGUUCUAGCUGAUGUGUUAAGACUUUUGUAUUUAUGGAGUAGUCAGUGAGAUUAAGUAGCUCAAAUGUAGUAAUAAUAUUAAUAACAAAAACGACACAUUGUAUUUUCAUGUUGUAAGACAUACAAAACUGGUUGAAUGGUUAUUGUGUAUUCUGUGAUUUAACAUGAUAAACAGACACCUUAACUGGCAA